UCGAGGGAGUCAAGCAGCGCCUCGUCUGCGCGGGCUCAUUGUCGCAGGUAGGGUAUAUAAAGAAAGGCUACAUGUUUAUGACAGUCAUUUGUUAACGCGGACAGAAGUCGAUACGGGUCGUGAUUGGGGUAGCCGUACUUCCCUCGUCGGUUUCAUUUCUUAUAGGGUUUUAAAAAUACAGAGGUUUGGAAAAUGAUGCUCUCCCCUUGGGACCGAUGGUAUUCAAGCACCUGCUGCCUGUGCUGCCAUGUCCGCACAGCCACCAUCAUCCUGGGGGUCUGGUAUAUGCUCAUCAACGCCGUGGUGUUGGUCAUCCUCUUUACGGCGCUCAGCGAUCCCGACCAGUACCACCUGACCAGCGCUGAGCUGGCUAAUGACCUGGAUGUCAUGGAUGACGCCAAUAUGUGCAUUGCUUCAGCAAUCUCCCUGCUGAUGAUAUUAAUCUGUGGGAUGGCUACCUAUGGUGCAUAUAAGUUGCAUGCCGCCUGGAUCAUCCCCUUCUUCUGCUACCAAAUAUUUGACUUUGCACUCAACACCCUGGUGGCUGUGAGCAUCGUGGUCUAUCCAAACACGAUCCAGGAUUACCUCCAACAACUGCCGGAAAACUUCCCCUACAAAGAGGAGGUGGCUGCCCUGAGCAGUUUCUGCCUGGUCCUCAUUGUCUUGCUCUUCAUCAGCUGUAUUCUAGCGUUCAAGGCCUACCUGAUCGCAUGCGUGUGGAAUUGCUACAGGUAUGUGUGCGGAAGAGGAAGUUCUGAAGUGCUGCUCUACGUGACCACUAAUGACACCACGGUGCUGCUCCCCCCAUACGACGACAGUGUCAGGGUACCCCCCAAACAGCGCCCCCUAUCCUACACGACAGCCUGAAGACCAGGCCUCAACACUGUCACCAUGACACCCUCUACGAAACCCCAUAAUAUCCACUUUGUCCUUGAGACAUGCUAUUGAGCUGUUCUUGUUAUUAUUUAUUGUUAUUUAUUUUCCAACGCACCACACGGCCUCAACACUACCCUACAUAAGAUGUAGACACACACACACACACACACACACACACACACACACACACACAGACACUCAUGCAUUCAUAAGAUAACUCAUUUUACACUUUCAUUCACAACUGGUAUUUGAUGCCAACUUUGACCUACUGAUCAGUGUGUGGAAUAACGUGUAACUUUGUACAUUUAUUGUGUGUCCCUCCCAAGAACCUGUGUACGACGACUUAACCGUUUUAUUCAUUGGCACUAAUUUCUAUUUUGAAUGGGGAAUAUCCAGGAAAUGAUAUGCAUUGUAUGCAUUUGACACUGGGCGACCUAAUGAAAAAUGGAAGCACUUACAAGUGUGAGGAGGGAGUAUACAUAGAUAAACAUAUAGAAAAGAAAGAGGAUAUAUUUGUAUUUCUAUUUAAACAGCAGUUUAGGUGUAAUAGCAUUUUUCUUGUCAUUCCUGAUGAUCAAAGAUGCCACAAAUAUGAAAAGAAGGCCCUGUUGUUUCUAAUGAGUAGAGAAGGGUCUUUAAGUGUUUCCCGGUAGCUAAUUAGUGUCUUCUAGUGAUCAGGGUUAGAUUGCCUUUAUCCAUAACCUCCUCUGUCACGGGGUGCGCUCCGUGGAAUCAUGUGUGGUGUGUCACAGUAACUACAACCAUUCCAAAGACUUCAAC